CCUUCAAAUUAGCGUGUUGCCUUUUCGAUUAACUCUUCCAAGUUUGACCUUUAAAUCGGCUUGUUCACGUCCACACGGAGAACCUGUCUAUUCUUAUUGAGGCUGCACCCGUCAAUCCAUCCAUACGGUAAGUUGCUCGACCGUGUCUGUUAGCAUAAAACACGUAAAUCACCGUCAGUGGUAUUUCAUAUUUAGCAAUAUACCCGUAGAACUGAUAUACUGCUAUUUUUGCGUGAAGAUUAAUGCCGCUUAUGCGCAACAGAUAUCCUUUGAAACCAGAUUUGUAUGCCCGCACAGCUCACACAGGUGGAAUCGAACGCUUUAUCGAAUGAAAUCGCUGUCAUUGAAAAUCCAGAAUCGGACAACUGAGCGGAAAAAGUAUAAUAUAUCGUCUGCUAGCGUACGCCAUACGAUGUCACAGUCAGAGAGUGAACUCCCUUUUUCCUCCACCGCCGCCGCUCGUCUGUAUAUAUGUGUACUGUACUGUACUGCACUGUAUCCAAUUCAAGCGCACGCGCAUUAUGGUGGGGUGAUUAUACCAUAUUGUGCAGUCGUUUGACUACUUUUCGGAUCGCUUUUGUUGUUAUUUUGAGGGAAAACAUCCUCCUGUAAUGCCACAGCUUAUUUCCAUAAAUCCUUGAUCUACUUUUGUGUGUUUUCAAGCGUUGAUGCCAGUCACCACGUUAUGCUUGUAUACCAAUAUGUAUGUUGCGCGGCACUGAGGACAUAAUCACUGGAGCCAACAGCUGUUACACAGGACGGAGCGUGAUUUGGCCAAUAAAUGAUGACUUCUGAGUAAAUGGAAUGAAUAAAUACGACCAUUGAUCUCCUUUUGACAAUAUGGGGCCGUGAUUUGAACAUGAACUUGAAGGCUCAUUAUUUUCUUCUGCUUAAUGCGAAGCAUCGAGACGGAUAAAGACACUGAAUUGGCGAUAAUCGCUGAUGACCCCCUUUAAGUGCGACACCGUAUAAUUGUGUCUAUUUGCUCAUCUUCGGUUGAUUUCAAACGAAUCGUCUGCUAAUAAAGAAAUAAGUAUCUUCUGUUAUUCCAUUGCAUAUUCGGAAAGUCAGAAGAAUUGACCAAUUCAGAUCUUCUACAGUAUCCCUGAAGCACAAUAAAGUACACUUCAAACCUCAACGGAUCUCAGGUUGAUAGGUCUUUCUGCGACGUCACCCAGAGGCACUUCUGGAUCCCACCCGAGAUGAUGGACAUUGACGCCGCCCGGGUGAAGGAGUUCUUCCUCGGUGGCUUCCAGCGUCUCAGCCGGACCAAGAAGCUGGAUACUGAAGACAUCGGUCAGAGCGAACUGAAGAGAUGUCUGAGUAUGUGGGAUCUGACAGCCAUCGGGGUCGGAAGCACCCUAGGAGCUGGUAUCUACGUUUUGGCUGGACAGGUCGCUCGUGAGGUAGCCGGGCCAGCCAUCGUCCUCUCCUUCGUCAUUGCCGCCGUAGUGUCUUUGCUAUCAGGGUUGUGCUACGCCGAGUUUGGCGCCCGUGUUCCCAAGACUGGUUCCGCCUACACCUACUCUUACGUCACAAUCGGAGAAUUUUUCGCUUUCGUGAUUGGUUGGAGCAUGAUCAUGGAUAACAUCAUCGCUGGUGCUAGCGUGGGCAAGGCAUGGAGUGAAUACCUUGAUGCCAUGUUGAAUGCGACCAUAAGCACCCAUAUCAAAACUCACGUUGGUACCUUUAAUUCUUCUUGGUUUGGGGACUACCCUGACUUCUUGGCCUUCUGUCUCCUGAUCGCAGUCACCGUCAUCAUCGCUUUCGGUGCGAAGAUGUCCUCAUCCGUCAUGCUAGGUUUCACCGGCGUCAACCUCAUCGUCAUCGUCUUCAUCGUCGGCGCCGGAGCGUUCUACGUGGAAGGGGAGAACUGGACUGGGGGAGAUGGAUUCUUUCCGUUUGGAUUUUCAGGGGUAUUAGCCGGUUCGGCUACAUGUUUCUACGCAUUUGUUGGCUUUGACGUCAUAGCCACAUCAGGCGAGGAAGCUCGCAACCCCAGCAAGGCUAUCCCAUUCUCAAUCAUGCUAACGCUGAUCAUCUGCCUGAUUGCCUACGUCAGUGUGUCCGCAGUCAUGACCCUGAUGGUCCGUUACGACGACCUUGCCGAAUUCGCUCCACUAGCAGUAGUCUUCCAGCAGCGCGGACUCCCUUUUGCCAAGUACGUCGUGUCAGUAGGGUCCCUGGUGUCCCUGUCAACAUCCAUGAUGGGUUCCAUCUUCCCGCUUCCUCGAAUCAUCUUCGCAAUGGCCAGAGACGGUGUCAUCUUCAAGUUCCUGGCGAAAGUCAAUCCCCAUUCCAAUGUCCCAAUCUAUGCUGCUAUAUCGGCUGGUUUGUUGACUGCCCUCAUGGCCUUGAUCUUUAACCUUGAGCAGCUGGUGGAGAUGAUGUCGAUUGGCACGCUGAUGUCCUACACAUUGGUGGGUAUUUGCGUUCUUCUCUUGAGAUACAAACCUGGUGUCAUUGGUCUUGAUAAGGAAGAAGCCAAACGACUCGGAGAAAAGCAUAAGAAGAAGAAACCGGCAGAGGAGACCGCUCUUGUUGGCCUCGUCGGAGAGGGGAAGCACAAGACAUACACAAACCUAUCGCCCAAUAGCGAGGAAUUCGACAUAAUUCACGACGCAGAGGGCGCUACGGGGCCUGACCCAAAAGCAGCAGCCACGUCCGCAGAACCUUCCGGGAAAAUUGACCAGAGCAUGACGAAGCAAUUGAUAGAUGAUCAAUCAAAAGAAGGUGGUUCUGCAACCAGUAGCCAGAACAAACUUCCAAAAGAGCCAACAAGAGCGACCUACAGAAGCGUCAUAAUUUGUGUCUCCAUAAUAUGCGUCGACUUUUUCUUCCUCAGUGGUGUUUUAGUUCUAGGUGAAACGGGUGUCCUAGAAGGUGCCUGGUGGGCAAUCACACUAUUAGUCCUACUCAUCGGUAUCGUCAUGGUGCUAUUGGUGGUUAUAGAGAAGCAGCCUCAGAAUAAAAUGGAGCUCUAUUUUCGCACACCCUUUGUUCCUUAUUUACCAAUUCUUUCGGCAUUCUUCAAUAUAUUCUUGAUGUUCAAGCUCUCUAAAGCAACAUGGAUACGAUUCGUAGUCUGGCUUGCUAUAGGCUUCAUCAUCUACUUCGGUUACGGUGUGCGCCAUAGUGUCGAAGAGACCGGUCAGGAGAGGCCUCAUCAAGGUUUAGACGAGUCCGAAGCGGAUGAGAUCUCACUCUACGAUGCCUCGAAGGAACCCAACCGACAGCGAACUGAACAAGAGAGUCAAGAACAGCCUUAGGCUAUCCAGAUGUGGCUUGUUACAGAGGCUUGCCGGUCGAGUAUAGUGUCGCCGUCGCCUUAUACGUAAAGCGUAGAAUAUACCGUAUUAUUCCUUCGUCACUUUAUGGUGUCCCCUGAUAGUUUUCACCUUUUAGUAUCUCCUCUCUCUCCCUUUCUUUCACAUUCCCCUUUCUCUUUUUCUCUCCUCCUAUUUCGCGUUCUCCAAGUCUCUGUGUUCCUUCUCCAUUUACAUUUUUCCUUAAUAUUCCAGGGUCCCAUCUGAAAAAGAUUUGCAACUGAUCCGAUCAACCUGAACUUUAUGGAAAUCCAUCAUUGCCACAAUUUUGUUUCCUUCACAACGUCUUUUGUAAACAAACAUGAGCAAACUCAAUUGUCAAGGCAACGGUGAAUGUAUGAGUAUCCACCAUCAUCUAGAAAAAAAAUGAAAUAAACAUGUACUUUAUAAUCAUGUUGGCGUCGCUGAUGGCCUUCCAUAGUUGAGGUUGAUCGGAUCAAUUAUAAUUCUUUGUAAAGACGAGACCCAUGUCCUUUCAACCACGACCAUUAUGCCACCAACCUUGUCAUUGAUCACUAUUUGUCUCAUCCUUUAUUUAACUUUCCCUGGUUUAUUUCCUUCUCCCCUUUCCCUUUUCCUCUUUGUUUAUGAUUUCCGCUCGAUUCAAAACUUAUAUCGUGGCCCCGGUAACAUAGAGCUUCGUGAUUGAUCGUGUGUCUGAUUUAUACGAUUAAUUGCUUUAGUAAUAUUGUGUAUGAUCGGUCGUAAAAUCACAGUCCAUGAUCAUUCCUUAAAUCCAGGGUUGCACCAAAACCUAAUUCUCCCGAAUAAAAUCGGACCGAUUCUCGCCGAAAUUGGCCUAAUUAGGAUGGUUUCGAUGGAUUCGAAUGUUCCCGAAUCCUUCUCGAAUUUUCUCUCAUUCGCGAA